AUGAGGUCAUCACAGAAGAGGAGAGAGAAGGAGACGGACCAGGAGAGGAGAGAGGAGGAGACGGACCAGGAGAGGAGAGAGGAGGAGACGGACCAGGAGAGGAGAGAGGAGGAGACGGACCAGGAGAGGAGAGAGGAGGAGACGGACCAGGAGAGGAGAGAGGAGGAGACGGACCAGGAGAGGAGAGAGGAGGAGACGGACCAGGAGAGGAGAGAGGAGGAGACGGACCAGGAGAGGAGAGAGGAGGAGACGGACCAGGAGAGGAGAGAGGAGGAGACGGACCAGGAGGAGAGGAGAGAGGAGAAGACGGACCAGGAGGAGAGGAGAGAGGAGGAGACGGACCAGGAGAGGGAGAGAGGAGGAGACGGACCAGAUGAGGAGAGAGGAGGAGAUGGACCAGGAGAGGAGAGAGGAGGAGACGGACCAGAGGAGAGGAGAGAGGAGGAGACGGACCAGAUGAGGAGAGAGGAGGAGAUGGACCAGGAGAGGAGAGAGGAGGAGACGGACCAGGAGGAGAGGAGAGGAGAGAGGAGGAGACGGACCAGAAGAGGAGAGAGGAGGAGACGGACCAGGAGAGGAGAGAGGAGGAGACGGACCAGGAGAGGAGAGAGGAGGAGAGGGAGCAGGAGAAAUGAGUGA